UUAAACAUAUUGCUGGCUGGUAUGAACCCCUUCUAUUUCCACGCAGUGAAUGUAAUUUUACACUGUCUAGUGACUCUUGUGCUGAUGUACACUUGUGACAAAGCUGUGUUCAAGGACUGUCGACUUGCUUUUGUCACGGCACUGUUCUUUGCUGUGCAUCCCAUUCACACCGAGGCUGUUACAGGUAUAGUAGGCAGAGCGGAUGUCCUAGCCUGUCUACUCUUUCUGUUGGCUUUUCUCUCCUAUAAUAGGAGCGUGGAUCAGCUUUAUGUUGGGGAACAUUUCCCUCCCACUGCCUCCCCAUUCUUUUUGCUGCUUAGUUUAUUCCUUGGGACAUGUGCAAUGCUGGUGAAAGAAACUGGAGUCACCGUGUUCGGUGUGUGCUUGGUUUAUGACUUCUUUUCCCUCUCCUGCAAUGGACUCAAACUGAGAAAUGGGGGGAUCCACCAGAGACCUGCCCGGCAGCCCGUGGCUUCUCCCUCUGCCUCACUGCAGGUCCCUCCAGCCGGCCGGGAGAACGGGAAGCAUCGCUUUGCUCACCGGGGCACCUGGAGCUCCUGCCACCCGGCGUCACCCGAGGAACAGCGGAGCGGUGGCCUUUUAGUGCCCAGCAAAGCCAUGUGGGCCAUUCGGAGCUACCUGACUGCAAAUAACAACCAGAAUUUCCUGUAUACUGCAAGGCCUUUUUUGAAGAGAGCUGCUUUGGUGAUAAGCUACGUGAUUCUCGUGUUGUAUUUCCGCCUCUGGAUAAUGGGAGGAUCCAUGCCGAUGUUUUCAGAGCAGGACAAUCCAGCUUCGUUCUCGCCGUAUUUACUGACGAGGUUUCUAACUUAUUCCUACCUUCUGGCCUUCAAUGCAUGGCUUCUGCUGGCACCGAUCACCCUGUGCUACGACUGGCAGGUCGGCAGCAUCCCUUUGGUCGAGUCCAUCUGGGAUGCGAGGAACUUGGCCACAGUGUUCCUGGUGCUGGUAAUGACGUUACUCAGCCUACACUGCAUAGCUGCAUUCAAGAAACUGGAACACAAAGAAGUUUUGGUUGGCUUGUUGUUCCUGGUUUUCCCAUUCAUCCCAGCCAGCAACCUCUUCUUCAGGGUGGGAUUUGUGGUGGCAGAGCGAGUCCUUUACAUGCCGAGUAUGGGAUACUGCAUCCUUUUUGUCCACGGUCUAAAAAAGCUGUCUACGUGGUUAAAUAAGUGGAGGAUUACUGUUCUGACCCUCUUUGCUUUACUACUGCUGCUCUUCUCUUGGAAGACCGUGAAACAGAACGAAAUCUGGCUGUCACGAGAAUCCCUUUUCAGCUCAGGAGUGAAGACCCUGCCCCACAACGCCAAGGUGCACUACAACUACGCCAAUUUUCUGAAAGACCAGGGCCGUAACGUUGAGGCGAUUUACCACUACAAAACUGCUCUCAAACUGUACCCUCGUCAUGCAAGUGCUCUCAACAACCUGGGGACGUUGACCAAAGAUGUGGUGGAGGCAAAGGACUACUACAGGCGGGCCCUUCAGUUAAACCCUCAGCACAAUCGAGCUCUCUUCAAUCUCGGCAACCUGCUCAAGUAA